CCGGAACGGCUUGUAAAAAACACGACGACGAAAAUCGAACGAGUCCGGGGGCGCCAAGCCUCCCCAACCACCGGAGGAGAACCGGAGGAGGAACAGGCCGCCGCGCCAUCCGAGGAGAACCCGGUGUGUCCGUGCCGAGCAGGCAUUAACAGUGGAAUGACGGGAAUUAACAAGGAGGAACUGUAUCGAUGGCGGAGGAUCGAUAACGUCUCAAGACAGAUAUCGCUCGUUAACCGUGGCUCACCGUGGACAUCCGGA